UGGCGGGAGUCAAAAUGAAGCCGUGAGGUAAACAAGAAACGAAAUAAGUCUCUUCAUACGGUGUGUGGUCAUGAGCCGGUUACGUUCGGCGAUGCAUAAAGGCAAAAGAGCCGCACAGGAAAUGGUAGAAACUGCAAAACCAAAGCGCAAGAGGACAAAGACAGCAGUGAAAGAAGAGGAAACCACAAAUGCUGCCUUGCCGUCCGCGUACCACACCUUCCCUGAUCCUGCUGAUGUUCUGCAGCUGCGCUCUCAGCUCCUGAACUGGUACGACAAGGAGAAGAGAGAGCUGCCAUGGAGGACUCUGGCUAUGACAGAACCAGACCUCAACAUUAGGACAUAUGCAGUGUGGGUUUCAGAGAUUAUGCUGCAGCAGACUCAAGUUGCCACAGUGAAAGACUACUACAACAAAUGGAUGAAGCGGUGGCCCACGGUGCAGGACCUUGCAUCUGCUACACUUGAGGAGGUGAACCAGAUGUGGGCGGGUCUUGGCUACUACUCCCGGGGGAAAAGACUGCAUGAAGGAGCUCAGAAGGUUGUGACGGAGCUGAAGGGACAGAUGCCUCGGACUGUCGACAGCCUGCUGAAACAGUUACCUGGUGUGGGACGCUACACUGCUGCAGCUAUAGGCUCUAUUGCGCUGGGACAGGUUACUGGAGCCGUGGAUGGCAAUGUGAUUCGGGUGCUGUGUCGCCUGAGGGCUAUAGGAGCUGAAAGCACAAGUCCUGCAGUAACAGAGGCACUCUGGGGUCUAGCCAAUACACUGGUGGACCCAGAGAGACCUGGGGACUUCAACCAGGCCAUGAUGGAGCUGGGAGCACGAGUGUGCACCCCUAAAGCACCAGUGUGCAACCAGUGUCCUGUACAGUCUCACUGCCGCUCUUAUCGCAAGGUUCAUGUCAAACAAGAGCAAAACUCCAAGAAGCUUUUGUUGAAGCUGGAGAGGAAGACUUCAUCCCUGCCUGAUAUAGAAGACUGUGUGAGCAGUGGGACUUGUCUGCUGUGUCCCUCGGAUCCCUGGGACGAUGAGUUGGGCGUUCAGAACUUCCCCAGAAAGCCGCCAAAGAAGCCACCUCGAGUGGAGCGAACUCUGACCUGUGUGGUGAUCAGACCUGGAGAGGAGGGAGAGGACGAGUACCUGCUCACACAGAGACCGAACAAAGGUUUGUUGGCAGGCUUGUGGGAGUUUCCAUGUCUUCUGCUGGAGGAGGAGAACUCUGAGAUGAAGCAGAAGAGGGCGCUGUGUGCUGUGAUCAGCAGGAUACUGGGAACUCCUCUGACUGAGAGCCUCUGCAAGUAUGUCGGAGAGGUGGUUCACAUCUUCUCCCACAUCCACCAGACAUAUGUGGUUCACAGUGUGCGUUUGAAGGACAGUGACACACAAACACAGACUGAAAAUGCACAGUGGCUGAGCAGAUCUGCUCUACAUGAAGCUGCUGUGUCCACAGGACUGAAAAAGAUUGUGAAGCUCUACGAUUCUGUGGACAAUCAAAAAGAACAAGCCUCUAAGGAUGGAAAGAAGAAAAAGGCCACUGGUGUAAAAAAUGACAAGAAACCACAGGCCUCGAAAAAAACAAAACUGGGUGCAGCCAAAAAUGGAGGCAGACAACUCUCCCUCAGCUCCUUCUUCAAGGCAGUGAAAGAGGAAUCUUGA